AUGGUGCUCAAGCGAUGUGGGACUUCGCUUCACACCCUCCCUCAAGCAAUUCGCGAACGCCUUUUUGAAGCUCAAGAAAGAACGACCGAACAAGUCAAGGUGAUUCGCCAAAGAUUGUUGACUGCGCAAAGGAAACUUUCACCGCGUUAUAUCGGACCAUUCAACAUCAUUGAAAAGAUCGGGGAAGUAGCGUAUCGCUUGGCUUUGCUGCCGAAACUUUCGGAAGUGCACGAUGUGUUUCACGUGUCCAUGUUGAGAAAAUACGAACCGGAUCCAUCUCAUGUUUUAAAGUGGUCCGAACUUGAGUUAGAAGCUGAUGCGUCAUAUGGGGAGGAACCGAUACGUAUCCUAGAUUCGCUCGAUCAAGUAUUGAGGGGUAAGAAAAUAUCGUUAGUGCGAGUCUUGUGGAGUAACCAAGGCAAGGAAGAAUCGACUUGGGAACGUGAAGAUGAGGUUAGGGAGAAGUAUCCACAUUUAUUUCCAAUUUGA